AUGGCAUCGAGGUCUCCCUAUCUCAUAGAAAAUGGCUUCCGUCGAGUGAAACCGUACUACUAUGAUUUUGCCACAACCGUCAAAGAGCGGUGGAAGUGCAAGUCCGUGUCGCAUGUUCUUACCCACGAGCUUGGGCAGAAUCCCCUGCUGGUGGAGCUGGGGAUCAGCAAUGGCAGCAUAUACGUGACUACGGACACCAAUAAGACAAGCGAAGGGGUCAAAUUGCUGCCACAACAAACGCAAAUGCAUCUUUUUAGAGAUCAUGAUGUCCUCCAUAAUCGCCAGCACAUGCACGAGCCACCCAUCAUCUACAGUGGGCCUGUACCUGUCUUGAUGGAGAAUGACGACUUAGUGGUGGUUUCAAAGCCUCUGGGCAUGCCAACGCACCCUAGUGGUUCAUAUAGACUCAACAGCCUAUCGCACAUCUUGAAGGAGGAACAGGGCUUUCUGUUCUUAUCGCCGUGUCAUCGUCUAGAUAAAGCUACUUCCGGUAUACUUGUGUUGGCGAAGAACUCGCAGGCAGGUUCGAAAUUUCAGAAGGUCUUCAACGAUAAAAGAAAUACAGAAAAGUGGUACUUGGCCAGAGUCAAGGGGAAGUUUCCUGCUCACAAGUUCGUAUUUGAGUCGCCAGUUUUCUCCUUGAGCUUUGGCGGGUAUCUCAAUUUGAGAAACACAAAUCAGGUUCCCGUUGACUCAGCUACUGAGUUUGAGCUUUUGAAGUACUCACUGUCUCUCAACGAAAGCAUCAUUUGUUGUAAGGCCAUCACGGGGAAAAUGCACCAGAUUCGCAUCCACCUACGAUGCCUAGGCCACCCAAUAGUCAAUGACUACCUUUAUAACCCCAGUCCAGACAACGUUGUUGGUACUUUCAAGAACGAACUCGAGCUAGAAAUUUACGAGAAAGCCAAAGCAAAACUCACAACUUCAAAGAAGACUCUUAACUUGGAUGCCCUUCUUCAGGAACACCCGUCCAUUAAGGACAGCAUGAGCAAGCUCAGAACGCUACGUAAGGAGACUGAUGAUAGAGAAUUAUUAGGUGUGUGUUCGGAGUGCUCCAGAAAGCUUUACGGUGACCCAACAGAUGAGGAAAUCUAUUUGCAUGCACAGCGACUUCGUCACAAAGGAGACAUCAACUUUGAUUUACAAAGUGAGAUGCCACAGUGGGCGGAUAUCUGA